CGUGCCGUGUGCAGUUAAGCAACUGCAGUUUUCAUUCGUUCGUCCGACAGUAUAAGUAGUAGAGUUGCAGUCGUCGAUUCUGAGCAAAAACUCUGUACAGCACCGCAAUGCAUACAAAUUGCAAUAAUCAUCAUCAUCGUCCGAUGGCGAUGUGCAUGAAAAAAAAAAGAAGUCUCUAAUAAUACGCGCACGUGAGAAUUUCCUUUAUUCCCACAUACAAGCCGCGCUGAAACCAUUGUACGCGCAUCGAGGGCGAAAGAAGGAGCUUCUGAUCCCACGAUCGCGCGGCGGAGAUUCGCAGACGAGAUUCGCGUGGCAGAGGGAAGUAAAAAUCUGCUCUUUCCGUUUAACGUUAAAAAAAAAUUCAUCAAAUCAUAACGGCGGCGCGUCUGUUAUUCAUUCGCGCCUCGCGCGAGCGACGAAAUUUCGCAUUCGGAAGUCCCGCAAUAAACACAACACCGAGUGCAUAUAGAACGCGCGGCAAACAGUCGGAGCUACUAUACGGACGGACGUGUGGAAUGGGUCGGCGACUGCACGAGAGGCCAGUGCGCGUAUGCGUUAUACAGCCGCGGCGCGAGUUGAACGGCCUCGUAAUAAAAUGAUCAGUGGACCGCUACCCGCUGCUGCGGAGCGAAGCGCAUACAGUGCACUCGGCGUUGCACACUAGGCGAGCGACUACAAACCGAGAUCAACGACUCUCCGCUGCGGGUUAUGAAUGAGGAUUGUUGCGCUUUGUUUCCUCGUUUCGCGUCGGUUUAAAACGAUAGCCCCGAUUAAUAAGAAACGAAGAAUUACACUCUUAUCGACUACGCGCACACUCGUACGUUUUCUAUCCCACAGCACAGCGAGACGGGAGAGCUGUCUCUCGGAAUGCGCACUUUCAACAUCGUCGAGUUCUUCCUCUCUCUCUCUCUCUCUCUCUACGAGCGCGCGCAGACAACAGUGCAGCGCUUCAGUUGCACUCUCCGGCGAGGAGCUAAGCGCGGAGUGUACGUAUUAUGUGCGGUAGUGGGGACGGCUGCGGUAACGGCAUCGGAGAGUUUAAAAGGAUUACGCGAUACUGACUUUGACGCUAGGCUAGUUUAUCUCCGUUAGUUAACCGGUGCAGUACUGAGAGGACGCGCUGAGAGGACGCGCUGAGAGGACGCGCUGAGAGGAAGAAGGUACGCUUUGGCUCUGUGAAGUUUCGCGAGUGUGGAACGAUGCGCGGGAGGCUGUAGGGACGGUUCGACGAUGUUGAGAGCCCGGCUCGCGAUGGCAGAUAGGAAUCCCGACAGUCAGGAGGCGAGGAUCAAGGGCAAGCACUGCAGACGUUUAAACUUCGGCGACGACGCGAACGACGACAGCCUGCCGAGCAAGGAGGAGAUCGAGCGUAAAUUCGCCGAGGAGAUGGACAAGCACCAGAAGGAGAAACAAGCCAAAUGGAACUUCGACUUCAAGCAGGGCCGCCCACUGGAAGGCCGCUGGGAGUGGGAGCGACUGGACAGCAACAACGAAGUGACCAACGCUCGCAACACCGGCAACUCGUCGAGAGCAGCAGCCCCUGGAAACUCGGAUGCGCGAUCUGGUCGAGCGCAGGGGGAUGCAGCGAACCAGGCGCCCUGAAACCGCCACGAUGCAGUCGUCCUCUCGGAGGAUCUCUCGCGGACGGAUUCUACCGCGUGCAAUUUCUUACUUUUUUUUUACUCUCUAUCGUCGCAUCGACGAGGCCGACUGAAGUUUAAGGGAAUGGACGAGACGAGCCUUUUUGAAAAGCUAUUGUGUACUCGAUUUUUUCGAUGAUUAUUAUUGCUAUUACGAUAUUGCGUUAUAUGGAAGGGAGAAAUAAGCUGGUUUGAGAUUCUUAUUUUGUAGCUGGUGUAUCAUUGGCGCGAAGUGAUUUUUGAUGAUUUUUAAUUCGAACAACAAUUGGCAACAAACUCUAGUCAACGGCAAUAUUCGCAUAGAACGACACAGGAUGUUGACGAUAUUAUCCGUGGCAAUUACGACUAAGCGAGAUGAAAUUAUUUAUUAGGCGAGGAAUAGAUUGAUAUUUAUACCAUAUGUGAUAUGUGCGAUUUUUUUUAUUUACCUUAAUUACUGUAACUCUGUAUUCAAAUUGCUAUACGCGAACGCAGCUUACAAGAGCGCGAAGAUCAUUUUGUAAAUAAAACGGUAACUGCUGUACGUUAUGUGCAUAUUUUGAAAAAAAGCACUGAAUAAAUUUCGAGAUUAUAUGCACCCUAAAAAA